AUGCAGUCUCUGAACAAGUUGAUGGCUAUCUCAAAACCUCAAAACCUGAUUCUACAUGAACAAAGUAAGGCCCUGAGAGCAGAUGUGUCCUGGCAACAGGAAUCCAUCCCAGUCAUGGAAACCUGCGACUCUGAGGCCUCUCGUCAAAGGUUCAGAAAUUUCCAGUAUUUGGCAGUGUCUGGGCCUCAUGAAGCCCUGUGCCAACUCUGGGAGCUCUGUCUUCAGUGGCUGAGACCAGAGGUUCAUACAAAGCAGCAGAUCCUAGAACUGUUGGUGCUAGAACAAUUUCUGACAAUUCUCCCUGAAGACAUCAGGACUUGGGUGAAUUUACAACAUCCAAGGAACAGCAAAGAAGUGAUGACCCUCAUAGAGGAUGUGAUUGAAAUGCUUAAAGAUGAAGAGAUACCCUGCAAGGAUUGUGUCAUCCUCCAGAAGGGGAACAUCAAGGAGAAAAUGGAAACUGACUCACUAACUGGCAAUUCUCAGGAAUCAAUAACAUUCAAAGAUGUGAUUGUGGAAUUCAGCGAGGAAGAGUGGGGACAACUGGACCCUUCUGUGAAGACCUUGUACAGGGAUGUGAUGCUGGAGAACUACAGGAACCUGAAUUCAGUGCAUCAAGAACAUCUACUUUACAAGCCAGUUGAGAUCUCCAAGCUGGAGAGUAAGGAAAGAAGAUGGGCAGUGGAGCAAGAAAUCCCAAGCACAUCUGUUUUGGACAGAGAGGUAAUUUCAGAAAACCAAGAUUCAGUUCCAAAGCAGAGAAUUUCUGGAAAAGAAUCACCUCCUGGAGUGAUUAUGACAAGACCAACCAAAAGCGGAGCCCCUUCUUUAGAUGCUUGGAUGAGCAAUGAUUGGUUAUAUAGGAACCAGGAACACUGGGACAUAAAUUUGCCAGAAGAAGCUUUUGUUCAUAAGACAGUCAACACUGAGGUGGGAAACUUUGAAGGUAGUGAGAAUAAGAAAAGUUUAGAUGUUAAGUCAGUUAAUUCAAUUUUGGGUAUACAACAAGGAAUUCCUAUGAGAAAAGAGUCCUCAAAAUGUGGUAAGUUUAAAACUAACUUCAAAUUUAAUGUAGACUCAGGUAAGCAAUAUUCAGAAUAUAAUGAAUGCGGGAAUGCCUUGAGCCUGAGUAUAGAUAUUCAUCACCCAGAAAGUCAUACCUUAGUGAAUUCCUAUGAAUGCUAUCAAUGUGGGAGAGCCUUCAGCCGGAGUUCAUCCCUCAUUCGACAUCAGAUCAUUCACACAGGAGAGAAACCUUAUAAAUGUAGUGAAUGUGGGAGAUUCUUCAACAGACGUACAAACCUUACUAAGCAUCAAAAAAUUCAUACUGAAGCAAAGGUCUGUGAAGGCAAUAAAUGUAGAAAAGCUUUCAGUGAGACUGAAGACAGUAAUAAAAAUUCAAGACUUCAUUCUGGAGAUAAUCCCUACGAAUGUGUUAACUGUGGAAAAUCCUUCAGCCGAAGCUCUUCCCUUAUUCGACAUCAAAUGAUUCAUACAGGAGAGAAACCAUUCAAAUGUAAGGAAUGUGAGAAAACUUUCAACAGGAGUUCAAACCUUAAAAAACACCAAAAACUUCAUACUCAAGAGAAGUCCUGUAAAAGGAAGAAAUCCACGAUUACCUACAUCAAUGAAUUUAUACUAGAGGGAAUCCUGUGA